GUGUCCACAUCCUUCCGCGGACCUUGCGACUCCAAUUCAUUGUCUGACGAUAUGUAGCCGACUUCCUCGGGAAAUUCGGACUUGAUCCCAUCUCCAUCUGUAGGCUCAGCCUUGACGUCCUUGUCUCCCGGGUCCUGCUUGAUUCGCGGUCGCCCAGCGGUCCCUGAGCCUCUUCUCCCACCCCGCACCGCCCUGCCGCCUUGUGAGAACGAUGAUGACGGCGCCGCAAGUAGAGUCGUCUCCUGAGAGCGUGUCGGAUCAGACUCGGUCUUCGCAACCUUAUUCGGAUCUACCGGACUCUUCAGUAUUGUCCAUCCUACAUAUCAGACAACGCUUACCAUCUGGCGCAACUCCUGCAGAGAACGGUCCACUGGGCAUCGCCCCCGGCCGCCCAGGAAAACCACCCCGACCUCUUCCACGUCCAGCGGGUCCAUUCCCUCGACCGACCGCCCGAUUUCCACCGCGCGCUGCACCGGACGACUCUCCAGGUUCGCCGAACCGGGCCUGCUCCGCUUGGGCGAGGGCGGCUCGUUCUUCGGCGCUACGUCGUCCGCGGAAUCGGGGGGGUGCGACAGGUCGGCGUUCGGGAGGGCGCACUGGCGGCGCCAUUGGAUCGGUCGGUUUGGAAAGGCUUGUGAAGCGACGUUGUAGUUGUAGAUGGAUGCUGGGACUUGGUGGGAGAAAUGGUGGUGGUGGAGGUGAAAUUUAUAUACCGAGUCAUGAUCCGGGAGACUGUGUGUAGGAGAAACCGCCUACUGACUCGCGGAAAUAUUGAGGGGCUUGUCAGAACUUCACUUCAAUUGAAAUCUUUCCUACGAAGCGUUUGGCCCACACAUUCGACCGCCACUUAUCACUAUUGUGAAUAUCCACGCGAAUUACGACGGUCUCCUUCGUUGACAGCAUUUAC